GUAAUCUAUGUGUGGCAGUGUAUGUAAUUAUAAAUGAGUCGUUUGAGCUUACAGCUGCCUCGCAAGAACAUUGAUAUUAUCUCUCAGUAUCAUAGGCUGACAUUCUGAAAAGUCUACGAGAUAAACGACAAGUAUACGAAUCGAACGAAAAUCUAUUGGUUUAAUUAACGUUUAAAAUGUGGCCAUGGCUCUCAAGAAAAAAGAAAACAAAAAUAUAUUUGUGUUGUUCUUGGUCACAGUCAUAAUUCAAGUGGAUAUAACGUGUGCUGAAAAUUUUGAUUGUAAUGGAAAGGCUUUCUAUUGUUUAAAUUCAACACAUUUUAUGAUAUGUGUUGAUUUUGGAGAUGGAAUAUCAAAAUCUGUAGAUGACUUCCUAAUUCCAUGCCCUCCGCCUACUACAUGUUCGGAAACCAAUAUCUAUGAAUGUGAAUUUCACGAAACGACCACUCUAAACCCUAUUAUUCAGCAGAGUGAAGUAACGAAAAAUUUGAUUGCAACUAGUCAUCAUUCAUCUUGGGAAGGCAAAGAAUAUACAACAGCUAUACCGUUUUGGUAUAAAAAUGUGGGUGAAAAAUCUGAGCAAUAUCACACAGGAAGUUCUACAGUUGAAAAUGAAUUAUUUAAUAAUGAUAAAAUUGUGCCUCAUUUUGAAUCAAAUACUAAAAUCGAUACUACCACAAAGUCAAUCGAGAAAAUGAAAACACAACAUUACACAACAAAUGACCUCAAUACAGUUAGUGAAAUACAAAAGGUAUUGACAUAUACAAAUAAACCUAGAGUAGACAUGGUAAGUGAUUAUAAUACUGAAUCAUCUACAAAUACUGUACCAGAAACGCAUGAAAGCACUACAGAAUCAAAUUUUCAUUUCACUAAAAGCCAGAAAGUGACUAACGAUUAUAGUUCCUACACAAGCAACAUCGAUGAAAAUAAUAUAUACCCAAAGACGACACCAUAUUAUGAACAGUAUUAUGAUAAUGUGAGCGAAACAACUUCAUCAGGACAACCAAGUCAUGUGUAUUCUACGCCUGAUACUUAUAAGUCAAUGGAGACAAUUAUAGACCGCACAUAUUUAGUAUCUGAAGCUGAGGCCAAAUUAACAACUAAUGAUUACGUCAAAUAUUUUAAUAGUCCAACAACAGAUGAAGUAAUAACUAGUACGUGGAGUAAUAUAAACAAACCUGAUACUGCAUCAGCAUAUACCGAAAGAUCAGUCAUAACUGAAGAUAUUGAACAAAUAAAAAAUGAAAUGAUGAAUUCCAAUUUUAUGAUUACUACUCUUAAAUAUUCACAAACAACUUUUGUAAAUGACUUUACAGAGAAUAGAAUCUUGGAAACACAAUCAAUUAACGAUGCACCUACCUUUACUCAAAAUAAUAUUUUCAAUGAAAUUACAGAAUUUCCUGAUAAUAAUCUGAGUGUGAAAAGUACUGGUCUUGAUCAUACAAUUUUAGAAGUAACCCAAACAAAUUCACCUACAGAAAGUAUUUCAACGUCUAGUCCAGUUGAGGAUACAGCUAAUUUAUAUGAUUUUAAUACUCUUGGAACGACAGAUUUAGAUUUGAACGAGCAAUCAGAAAAGGAUGCAUCUUUAAUUGAAACAAUGACUAUAAUGGAAACAAAUACAGAAACCCUGCCUCAAAACGAUACUCAUACAGGUAAUAUACAAAAAUAUAAUGAUUCAAAUAAAUACUCACAAGCAAAUAAUUCAUUAAACAAUUUUAAUAGUACAUAUGACAAUGAUAAUGUGUUAGUAUACACUAGCAACGAAAGCGCCACAGAAAUCUACAUAAUGAGUACGAUACAGGAAGACGCAGCAGCAGGUACAAUUUUUACCCGUGAUACAAAUUAUAAAGAAACGGCAACACCUAAGAAUGCUAUUUCAAGUGCUAAUAUUUUAUCAGCGACAAAUGCGGGAGCAGUAAACACCACAGAAGUAUAUGAAAAUGAAUAUCCUCUAGAGACAAAAACAGUAUCAGAGCAAUUGUUCAAGGAGAAUUUUAGUUAUACUCUGGAAAGUCUCUCAACAGCAGAUUUAGAACAUGAAAACGUAAUUACAACAGAAUCUAACAAGAACGUUUUUCCAUUCAUUGACCAAUCAGAAAUUAUUCAGAUAAAUAAUACUGACGCAGAUGAUGUUAUGAAACUUAGUACUGUUCCCAUCGAUCCUGAAAUAAAUACAAAAGUUACAGACAAUAAUUUAAUAGAGAACACGAUAUCCGAUAUUUUAGAUUUAUCUACAUUAUCACAAGACCUUCAUAAAAAUAAUAUCAUGGAUGGGAUAAAUUCAACGAUUUCGAAUAAUGAUAGAAAAUACGGAGAGAUCGUUGAUGAAAUUACUACAUCUGGAUUAAAACCUACAGAAUUAAAUUCUAAUUUAUCAUUUAUUAUUGAUGUAACAGAGGCAGACCAAGCUUUAUCAAAUACAGUUUUAACAAGCAAAUAUACCACAACAACGCCGACACCAUAUCAAUAUACAGCAAGCUUACAAAAUGAUUUUACAAACAACUAUAAUCCAACUUCAUUACAUUAUGAAACCACAAAUGCUGUUAGUAAUACAGGCCAAGAAAUGAUUGACAUAUCUGACGCUGUGAUUGAGCUAUUCGAUAAUAUUGACGAGUCAAAGUUAUCAUCCUUAAUUCUUAAUGAACAACCUAUGACAACGUUAUAUAUGGAAUCUCAGAUAGUUCCUAUAAUUCCAUAUCCCAAUAAAUCAAAAAGCAAGGAAGGAGCCAUUAAAAACGAUAUCGAUAAUAAUAUUCUGAUUUCGACGGAAAAUUCUAAUCAAGAUAUAAUUCGUACAGAAGAUACGACUAAUACUUUAGAUCCUGAAACAAAACGAAACACAUUCGAUGAUAAAAACACAACUUAUAAAAACGCUCAAGACUUAAUUUCCAGACCCAAAACAACUCUUGAGAAGAUUCAUUCAUUGGAUAGUAUUGAUCAGCCAAAAUUAUCAUCCGAUACACAUAACAUAACUCUGAUGUCAACUGUGUAUUCUGAACCUCCUACAAUAUUGACCGUGACGACUAAUUCUGAAAGUUCAAGUAACAUCUACGAUAAAACUGAUAAAUUCGAAACAAAAAUUAAGGAUCCAUUAGAUAAUUUUAACAUAUCAAAAUUAUUAUCAGCUACUCGUUAUAUAAAACCGUUGUCAACAUUAUAUUUUGAAUCUCAGACGAUAGCGACGGUACCUUAUCCAGAAAUAAUUACUGAUAGUAAUACCAAUCAUAAUUUUCAGCCUUCAAGAGAAAGUUUGAAUGAUGGUAUGUCACGUUCUUUAGAAGAUAAAGUAUAUACUACCAAUAGCUUAGGUCCUGAAUCAUAUAAAUACAAUGAUGAUAAUAGUAAUUUACAACAUAAAGAAACUGAUAAGUAUCAGUUUCCAACCAGUGUACCAGUAACACAAAAUCUUAAUUUUCAUAAAGACACUACUAUCAAAAUUGUUAGUACUACGGAAGGAUUAAACAAUCAGAUUUACACAUCUUCAAGAGACAGAUAUUUAUCCACUGUGCCAUUACAAAUAAAUCUUGGUAGCAAUAAAAAUUCCAAUAGUGAUUACACAUUGACAACAAUUACUGAAAAAACUCCUGUUAUAACUUUAAUAGAUAGUAAUCAUUAUGAAAAUAUCGAUAGUUCUACUGCACCAAAUUCGCAUCAACAGUUUUAUGAAGAUGUAGAAAGUUUACCACCGAAAGAAGUGUUUAUAAGUAAAGACCAUGUUACAAAUGGAGGAACUUUGAAAGCACAGGCAAUAAAUUAUACAUACGAAGACACCAUCUACGGCACCGAUAAAAUAAAUGUAAAAUUCGAAGAUAAUUUGCUAACAACGGCUAAUUUCCAAUAUCAAACACCAGAUUUAAGAGCAACGGAAAAAACUCACAGCUAUAAUGAAAAUGCUCCCACUCAAAAACAUACAAAAGAGACUAAAACAACUAACAGUCAAAUAAAAGCAGUUGAAUAUCUUCCUAUUUUUUCUACAAAUAUAGAAGGGACUUUAUCUCAAACAACAUCACUUCCGCAAAUAAAAGUAAGUUCUUAUGCAACAGACAAACCCGAUACUCUAAACAUUAAUGAUAGUCUAUCAAGCGUGAAAAGUCAUACUCUAAAUAUAAACAUUAGUUUAUCAAGCGUGAAAAACGGAACUGCCCGUUCAGGUGAAGACAAUGGAAAUACACCCUUUUCAUCUAUGCACGUUACACCGGAUUUGGCAAUUAAUGAACAUAUCAUAAGAAUAGGAAAAAAUAAUGUAAAUAUUUCAGAAUCAGAAGUUAUGUUUCCAGUUGCAAAAGAUAAGGGUACUACCCAUAGCAUAAAAUCAUCAAUUAAUGUUUUAUUUUCAAAGGUUUCAAAUGCAGAAGAGAUCAAAACAACUAGCAAUCAAAGAAUGUCGGUUGUUACUCUUCCUUCUUUUUAUUCUGCAAACAUAGAAGGGGCUUUACCUCAAAAGAUAUCACCUCAGCAAACAAAAGCAAAUUUAUAUUAUACUACCGUCAAGCCCGAUUAUAUAAGUGUGAACGAUGGUCAAUCAAGUGUGAAAAGCCAGACCGCUAGUACAAUUAAUAACAAUGGAAACAUCCUCUUUUUAGCUAAACACAUAACACCAGGUUUGGAAAUUAUUGAACAAACCAUAAGAAUAGGAAAAAAUAAAAUAAAUACGCCAGAACCAGAAGUCAUUGUUCCUAUUGUGUCUGAAAGGGGUAUAAACGAAAACAUUAAUUCACCAAUAAAUGUAUUACAUCCAAGAGUUUCAAAUGUAGAGGAGCACCAAACCAGGAAUUCUAUAAAGUCAGACAUAAAUUAUACAGAAGGUAAUAAAGUAAAAAGUCAUACGACAAUAGCACCUGUUGUUGCCACACAUAGAACUACAGUUAAUACUCGCGCAUUUGGUUUUAACUGCCUGAAUCGUUUUCGAGGAAAGUAUGCUGACGAGAACGACUGUCAAAAGUUCUACAUUUGUAUUGGAAGAUUCUAUCCUAUAGUCGGACACUGCCCUAAAAACACGGUAUUUAGCGACAUUCUUAAACAGUGCACCAGGAAUUUAUCUCACUGUGUUAGAAAUAACCAAUUUCAGUGUGUAAGAGCUGGGAGAUUCAGUGAUAUUUGGGAACAUAAUGCAUAUUAUAUUUGUGUAAAAAAUAAAUAUAAUUAUGUAAGAUUUAAACUUAGGUGUCAACGAGGCUACGUACUUAAUAUGAAAUCCGUUACUUGUAUCGAGGACAAUUUACAGGUUUCGCUUUUAAACCAUGAGGUUGAUUCAAAAAGUAGUAGUAGUAGUAGUAGCAGUAUGGAUUCUAGGUCAUCAAACAAAGAUAAGAAACCCUUAAAGUAUAAUUUUCAGUGUAUCCAAGAAGGCAAAUUUUCAGAUCCAUACGAUUGUAGAACUUAUUACGUAUGCAAGAAAAAUUCCAAAUCUGAAUUUAGACGUAGAAAGAAAAAUUGUGACCCGGAUGAGGUUUUUCAUAAAAGAAAGAAAAAAUGUGUUGAUGCUGAGAGUUACGAGUGCGACGACUAAGUUUAUUCAAAGAUGUAUAAUAUGAUUUUAUUUAUUACACAUUAUUAUUUUUUAAUACCUUUAUUAAAUAAAUAAAUUACUGAGUACAUAA